AUGUCAACUUCAUUACCACCAGCUAUUGUUUUCUCCGAUUGGGAUGGAACCAUCACUUUACAAGAUUCUAAUGAUUACCUUACUGAUAAUAUUGGUAUGGGAUUUGAUAACCGUAUGAUUAUUAAUGAUAAGAUCUUGGAUGGAACCGAAAAUUUCAGAGACGGUUUUAGAGAAAUGUUAGCAUCUAUUAAAAAACCAUUCAAUGAAUGUAUUGAAAUUUUAUUAGCCAAUGUCAAAUUGGAUCCAGGAUUCAAGAAAUAUUAUGAAUAUUGUCAAUCUAAAGGUAUUCCAAUCAUUGUUAUUUCAUCAGGAAUGAAACCAAUUAUUCAUGCUUUAUUGGAAAAAUUGAUUGGUGCUGAAGCCAUUAAGAAUAUUGAAAUCAUAAGUAAUGAUGUUAGAGUUGAUGGUGAUAAUUGGGAAAUUAUUUUCAAAGAUCCAGAAUCUGAAUUUGGUCAUGAUAAAGCAAAAUCCAUCAAAGAUUAUUUGGUUAAACACGGAUAUGAAGGUGAUGCUGAUACUCCAAGACCAACUUUGUUCUACAAUGGUGAUGGUGUCAGUGAUUUAAGUGCUGCUAAAGAAACAGAUUUGUUAUUUGCUAAACAUGGAAAAGAUUUAAUCAAAUAUUGUAUCCGUGAAAAAAUUCCAUACACUGAAUUCAAUGACUUUGAAGAUAUUUUAACUAAAAUGAGUAAUGUAAUGGAAGGUAAAAAGAAGAUCCAAGAUUAUGUUGAAAACCCAACUGCUUAG